AUGGGUUUCACUGGGGUGUUAGUAAGAAGUGUCUUCUCCAAAAAUCGUUCUGUUGGAUCUCAUGAAAUCAAAGUGAAACGCAAUGGAGCUGAAAAUAGAAGAUGGGUAUCUGUUAGAUCAUACUUGUGUGGUGAUGAAUUCAAUUCAGUGGUUGCUGAGGAAGAUUCAGCUUCAGUUAAGAGCUCUGAAGUCACGGUUACACAGUCCAUAGAGGAGGACUUGACUGAUAAAGGAGACACCAAGAGUGAAGAAACUGUAGAGAAUGUAACACAAGAAAGGACAAAUUCAUCAUUGAAUGAGGAGGAAGCAGCUAUUCUUAUUCAGUCAGCAUAUAGAAGCUUUCUGUUGAGGCGACAAAAUGAAGAAUUGAGAUCGAAAACUGGUAAAGAGUUCAAUUUAGCAACAGAAAGUCCAGACAGAAAAUCCAUGAGCACAUCAAUUGAAGUCCAAACUGGGCAAUCCACGGAUGUUUUGUCAGUUGAAGGAGAAAAAAUGAGCAUUUGCCACCGUAUUCAGCGCAGAACCAGAACUCAAGUAAUAAAGCAGAAGGAAGACUGGGAUGAUAGCACGGUAAGUAGUUAUGUUUCAAAAAUGAGGAUGCAAAACAGGAUGGAGGCAACAACCAGGAGGGAAAGGGCACUUGCUUAUGCUUUCUCACAACAGUUAAGAAUCUGUUCAAAGAGGAAAUUGACAAAACACAAUAGCAUGGAACCAAAUAUGAGUUGGAGCUGGCUUGAGCGGUGGAUGGCAACACGCCUUCCAGAGACCUCAUCAGUUGAAAGCAAUGUGUAUGACCCUUUUAACAGUAAUCACAAAGUCACUGUCAAGACAAGAUUUUUAGAUGCUGCUGGUGAAGAAAAAGAGAGCUGUGGAUCCAAUGAAGUGCCCCUUCAUUUUGAUAACUAUUCUAUAAAUUCACAAGAAAAAGUUAGCUUCAAAUCACCAACAUCAAAGACCAACUUUAAAGCUAGGAGAACUGUGUCAAGGAGGAAAACAGUGCCAAGUUAUCAAUGCCAUGAAGAGCAGCCAAAGAUAUGCAAGAGAGAGAGUUCAAGCAAUUCUAGCAAGGAUGUUAAGGAAAAACAAAAGCAAGUAGGAAGCAGGACAGAAAUUACAUUUAGCACCUCCAAAGCUUCUCAUGUGUAA